CCUUCCAUUCAGGCAUUUACAGCAGGUACCACAGCUGCUCAAUCGUCACAAUCGACAUCGAGCGAGAGCCAAGAAGGACCCCACAGGCAUGAAAACAGAAGCCGGAUGACAAUCCCUUUCGGUCAUAUUAACAUUACUUAAUUACAUUUACAUUUCUUUCCCAGUACCUGUUAAGUUUCUCUGAACGCCACGAUGUUUAUCUCCUCACAAAACCCACCUCCCUGCUUCAAAGAUUUCACCCUCGUCAUGCCAGCAGUGGCUGUUGGUAACGUGGGACAGCUGGCCGUGGACCUCAUUUUGUCCACUCUCAAAAUGAAAAGAGUAGGCUAUAUACACACGGACUGUCUCAUCCCCAUGACUGGAAACAACCCAUACGCCACCUGUAAUGAAGACGCUGAGGAGCUGCACACCCCUGCAGAAGUUUACACAGCAACAGAACUGAAGAUGGCAGUACUUCAAAUCAGGGCGCCAAUUAUUCAGACAAAAUCCAAAAAGUUCCGUCAGCUGCUUGUGUCUUGGAUCAAAACCAGCGGGUUCUCCAGGACUGUCGUUCUGUCCAGCAGCCACGCCUACCAGAGGGAUGACCAACAGAUGAAGGGCACUCCUUUGAGGUACCUGGUGACUCCGUCCCUGCUGAAGGACAGUGCGGUUGCGUUGGAGGAGCUCAGCUGGAGGGAGAUGGAGCGGGUGCCGGCCUUCCCAGGACUGACGGACGCCAACACGGACCCUCGCCUCUAUGUCCCGGGAGGAGGCAUAACCAAAGGACUCUACAUGGACAGCUGCGCAGAGGAUCUCCCUCUGGCUGUGCUGCUGCUCUUCUGUUCAGAAGGCGACAACAUCCCAGACGCCUUCACGCUUGUCAACCACCUCAACGACUGGCUUCAUCUGCUGGAGAACCCUAGCCAAAAGCCCAACAAAUGGAAGAUCCCAACUUCCUGGAGUCUUCUUUUUGGCAGUGGAAUUCCUCCAGCAAUGUUCUGAUACCACGUGUUUAGUUUUGGUAGUUCUAGCGGAUAGGAACAGCAGCAGUCUUUUAUAUGUAUUAUACUGAGUUUACCUGGUUGGGACUCACAUUUAUCCCAGUCUCCUUUAUUGUUUAUUCUUUUUUUUCCAAUAAAAGAUUGUGACAAGAA